AUGUUGCCAGUCCCCAAUCCUGCUGAGUUUGGAAUCACUUCCGACUAUGGUUUCCUCUCCCCAGAACUACCCUUGGAGGUUCUCCCCGAUCCUUAUUACGCCGAAUGGGAGAUGAUUAUUGGUAAUCUCCAGCCACUGCUAUUGAGCAAACGUUUGCGGUCUAUCGUAGACCAACUCCCUAUACUCUCUGUCACACACCUCCAGACAGAUGCUGAGUGGCGUCGUGCAUAUGUCAUACUGGUGUUCAUACUACAUGGCUAUGUCUGGGGUGGCGAUUCGCCCGCAGAGAGGGUUCCACCUCAACUUACAGUGCCCUUAUUCGCAGUCUGUGAACGACUCGAAUUACCCCCCGUUGCAACCUAUGCUGGAGUCUGCCUUUGGAAUUAUAAGCCGAUCUUCGCCGAUGAGCCAGCCACUAACCUGGAUAACCUAGCUUGUCUACAGACCUUCACUGGAUCUCUAGAUGAACAAUGGUUCUAUCUGGUUUCAGUCGCCAUAGAAGCACGUGGGGCCCCUUCUAUCCCCGUGAUGCUUCGGGCCAUCAAGGCGGCCCGCACAGGAAACAGCCAGAUUGUAACCGAGUGCCUGCAGCGACUAGCGGAGACCAUCGACGAGACCAACACACUGCUCCAGAGGAUGCAUGAAAAUUGCGAUCCAUAUGUCUUCUACAACCGCAUACGCCCUUACCUAGCUGGAAGUAAAAACAUGCACGAUGCUGGACUGCCAAAUGGGCUGCUGUACGACGACGGUCACAAUCCCGAGUACCGGCAGUAUGGAGGGGGCAGCAACGCCCAAAGCUCACUCAUCCAAUUCUUCGACAUCGUCCUCGGAGUGGAACACCGACCAACCGGGACAAGUCGCAACGACAGUGAUAAAGGCACCGAAGACGGCGUCAAAUCAAGAAACAGCUUCAUCCACGAGAUGCGCUCCUACAUGCCUGGUCCACACCGGCGAUUCCUUGAGCAUAUUGACUCGGUAGCAAACAUCCGCUCCUUCGUCGAGGCGCGACGCGGAGACUCAGCGCUGUGCAUUGCCUACGACGCAUGUCUGGCCAUGCUGCGUGUUCUACGCGACAGACAUAUUACCAUAGUGUCCCGCUAUAUUAUCCUGCAAUCCCGAAGUGCACGUCAGCCUUCCCAAUCUGCCAACCCAGGCCCCCCAGCAGCGAGGAACCUUGCAACCGCGGCUCCGACCGACAAGAAGAAACUGCGUGGUACCGGAGGUACGGCCCUCAUUCCGUUCCUGAAGCAAGCUCGAGAUGAAACCGGGGAGCCUGCCAUCGAUGCGUGGGCACGACGGUUGCUGAGCACUGGUCCUGCUGACAAGAAGUUUGCUUCGCUGAGCAAGGUUGGGGAGCAACCAGAUGGUCAUCUUGAGGUUGUCGGUCUCUGUGGAACAUGGACAGCCGAGGAAAAUGAGGGUGGGAUUUGUCACUGGUAG